AUGGAAAAUGUGGAGCAGAUUCUUCUUCCCAGAUGCAUUACCGACCAGGACAACCGCCUGCCGUUCCGGAAGCUCAAAGCCGAACUGUACAAGUUAAAUAACCCGCAGGUGGGUCGAUUCCACCCCGCGUCACUGUACCCGCAGAAGUUCUCUCUCUAUGGCAUUGUGCAUGACCUUGUCUCGCAUCCCGGCUUUAUGAAGCAUGGGAAGGCCCCGCAUUGGGAAUUAAACGGCAAGCCGAUCGUCACAGGUGGUGUAUUCGGAAUGUACUGCUCCCAUGCCUAUCCACACGCGUCACGGGAGGCACAACAUCUGUUACCGACCGCGCUCAAGGUGCCGAUCUGGUGGUUGAUGACGGCAGAGGAAGACGAUUACUGGGAUGCACACAAACUAAUGAUCAAUUACCUAGAGGUGGGAAGGAAUCUGAGCCCGAAGGCGUCGCGCUUCCACGAACGCCAUACAGGACCACCGACUAUGGCCAAGAAAAGGCAACGCCAGAACAACGAGGCAUCGAUUGGAACUAUGUACUCCUGUGCUGCGAUCCUGGCGGUUAUCCCUCCGUUUGAGAAGCGCCAGCGAAUGGUCUGA